AUGCUUGUCCUUCAAGAUCCCGGAAUAUUCACGUACAAAACAAUACAAGUCAGCGCUGGUUACACUUACCGUUAUAUUGAUCAAUUGCCAGCCCGAAAAGAUGCGGCUCCCACUGUGCUUUGUCUUCACGGAUUCGGCUUUCAGUUGGAGGUAUCAAAUCGUGGACCUGGUGCAACGGGGGUUCCGUGUGAUUGCGCCAGACUUACUCGGCUUUGGUGGAACGGUGAGCUCCAGGCAGAUUUUUUUGAUGUUUUUCUAUUUCUUGAACAAUACUACGUCGAGGCAUAUGGUAAAGCCAGUAUGUGUAAAUCCCUCGUUGAAAUUUUGCAUCAUGAGGGCAUAGUAGGAAAAAUAACUAUUGUCAGUCAUGAUUGGCUCUGUGUUCCCCCCACUUCACCAGCUCAAUUAGGUCAAAGAAUAGAUUACGUUGAGAUGAUUAGGAAAUUCAUACCGCAUUUUGGCUAUCAAAUCUAUUUUAUGUCUGAAGAAUCGAACGAAGAGAUUGAUCGAUAUUGCAAGGCGGCGAUGCUUUUGCUCUACUUCCACUUUGAAAGAGGAGUGGAGGCCUCCAUCGAGCAGAAGCUAUCAAAGUACAAGGACGAGUCAAUGGUCUUCGAGAAUGUUUUUCAAAAGCAGCUGAAAGAAGUGGGGGAGGAAUUGGAAUCGGUGAUGAUCGAAGACCCUGAGAUAGCUUAUGUAGUCUCAGAAAUCAAAAAGAGUGGCUUGUCGUCGGCUCUGAAUUGGUAUCGAGCUCGAGAGGUAGACCAAAGAGAUGAAGAGGCUGCUCUACUACCCGUAGCUUUCAGUAGCGACAUCCGAUGUCUCUUCAUCGGUGCUCCAAAUGAUCCACCUUUACCACCUAAAAUGUUCACAGAAGAUUCAAAGAAAAUCAUGUUUCCUUCGGGCAACAUUGAAUGUAUAAAUAUUGAAGGGGGUAAUCACUUUUUCACGGAAGCACCAAGUCAUCGGAGUCAAGUCACCAAAAUAUUGGGUGACUGGAUCGACAAUCAAGAAAAACUACUGGCCGCUGAGAAAACAAAAAUUCCAAAUUAG